AUGUAAAUAUCCGAGACAUAUUAUUGUUAUUGAUGAUUAAGCUUUGUUAAAAAGGCAAUAUGGAGUAUUACCACGAGUUAUUCUCGUCAAAACAACAAAAUUUCAAAACUCUUAAAAAUGCCGUUGGUUCAAACAGCAAACUAACUUUUUAAUGAUUGCAACUGAGACAAAUAUUUAUGUCAUUUUUCCUGUUCCAGUCUAAUUUUUUAACUUAUGAGCUAGUUUCCUACCGAUAUUUAAACUGUAACAGUUUAAAUAUUUAAACCUUUUAUUCAAAUAUUUAAACCGUUAAUUUAAACUGUAACGGUUUGAAUAUUUAAACCGUUUAUUUAAACUGUAACGGUUUGAAAAUUAUUCGUUAUCAUUAGUAGGCUGCUACAGGCUGCAUUAGUAAGCUGCUACAGGUCUAAAUUGGAUUAUUAACAUUUUCUUAACAGAACAUUAAAUCAGUCUUAGAUUGCUCUUAAAUAUUUGAUCUACUAUCGAAUGGCAAAUUUGCGCAGAACCUUUUUGUGACUGUGACCAUGAUGUAAAUGUCAAACUGCUAAUGAAAAUAAUGACAGAAAGCUGAUCAUGUGCAAGUCCACAAUUCCAGCUUGUGAAGCCAAAAUGGAUGAAGAUGGAGGGAAAGACCAUUUUAAGUCCAAAAGAUUUGGGAACAGUUUGAUGUCUAAAAAUGGUUUUCUGUUUGAUCCCUGGCACAGCACUCCUGUAAAAAAGGUACGCAGGUCUUCUGAAGGUUCAGUAAAUCUAUCCUGAGCACACAGAUGAAGGCAGCAUGGCAAGACAGACUGCAAAGAGCAUCUCUAGUAACUCUGCCAAUCAGCAGUCAUUGCUCUCAGCUAUACAGGGGUCUCAGACUCAAGUAAACGAUCUGGACAUCACAACCAUCCAUAAGCAGCGCAUGGAGCUGCAGCUCCUCAUAGCAGAGCUGAAGGAUCGUGAGCAGGAGCUCAAUAGCAUGGCUAGCGCUCAUCACAGACAGCUGCAGGCCUGGGAGCAGGACCGUCAGAGAGUGCUGACGCUGGAGCAGAGGAGUGCACGCCUUGAAGAUGAGCUGCAGAAACGCAACGAGGUGAUCCGAGCCAUUAGUAAGCGUUUAAAGACGGCGGAGGUACGAGAGCAGGACAGCCGCAGGGAGCUCAGCAGCAUGCAGCAGCAGAUGCAGGAGCUCCGUCAGAGACAACAGCAUAGCAGCCAACAACACCAAGACCUGGAAGAGAAGAAUCAGAGUCUGAACUCGAGCAUCCUGACGCUCUCAUCCCAGCUUGGCCAGCUUCAGGUUCAUGAGGAAGAGCUUAGUUCUAUGCUCAAACUGAAGGACAAAGAUAUGACGGAAGCCACAAAUCACAUAUUAGGCCUAACCGAGCGACUACGGGAAUCAGAGUCAUCACUAAAAGAGUGCCAGGUUCGUGAGAGCAAAACGUUACAAGAAACGGAGGAGUACAGACGCCGCCUCAGAGAGGCCAGACAUCAAAACGCUCAACUAAAAGAUGAGCUUCAAGAGAAAACUCUAGAGAACAACAGUCAGAGAGAGGAGCUCAUUCGGCUUAGACAAGAGAACCAGCUGCUCCGGAAAGAACUGUCUCUCGCAGAUGAAAGUGAAUGCUGGAAGGAAGAGUUACUCGCACUUGCACGUUCCAAACAAGAGCGCACGGAGUCUGAGCUUCUAUGCCUGCGACAGGUGUGUGAGCACCAGCAGAAUGACCUACAGCUCUUGAAGCUCAACCUAGAGACCACUAGAGAGGCACUAAUGAAGUAUGAAAGUCAAAGGUCACUUGUGAGUCCAGGGGAUGUGACUGGUGUGUACGUGGACUGUUCAACACCCACACCACGGAGGAGCACGACGAGUCCUGGACUUGUACCGGAGGCAGUACUCAGCAAACAGGAGGCAUUCACCUCAUCCACAUGUCGCUUGAAGCGCUUGCUGGCAGAGUCACAGCAAAUGGUGGCCAGUCUGGAACUCUGCUCUGGAAAACCUCUAAACCAUUCCCAAAGCCCUCCAACACAACCCAGCUUAAGUCCAGUCCUGAGUUCCAGUUUACGCUGUGAUUCUCUAUGCAGCCUCAACGACAGUCGUAACAAUACAGAGACUCGUGAGCAGAUCCAGUCGCCCAAUAAAAACCAAGAAGAAAGACAAACAAGAAGGGAUGACUCCCAACUCCACAGCAUUGCCAGUUCACAGAAAACCAAGGAAUACGAUCAACAGAUCUGUGACUAGACGUAUUUGGACAUUAAAAGAGACCGACAUGGACAUUAACGGUUCUUCCUGUGGACGUAGCCAUUCCUUCAUAUUUCCAAUUCAUUUUAAUGUAAAUAAAAAGUUCUAAGGCAACUAAAGAGUGAUGGCUACAAAUAUGUUGACUAGAGAAUUCUAAACUUUUGUGAUGAUUGACAUUUUAAAAAAACCUGGAGAACUAUUAUACUUCUUAAAAACUUGGAAAAAACAUUAAACAUGGUGCUUUGUCCUGUGGACCAGCUACCCAUUAAGUGUCAAAACUAUCAAGUACCCAUUUAUAAACUGUGAAACCUGUCCUACAAGAUGGCUUGGAUUGUGCACCUUGUUUCGUCAUUCCUGUCGCAUUGUAAUCAGACCUGUUUUUCACAAGGAUGAAUUCCCCUGUGUAGGUUUUGACUAUUUCACACUGGAGGAACAAAUGCUUUUCACUUGUGUCUGCAUGAGGUGGACUAUUUAAAUCGACCUCUUCGGAUAUUUUAAAACAUCAGUUUACGUUUAACCCUCUCAGGGAAUUGGGAACAAGAGUGAAGGUAUUUUUUUCUAAAAAUAAUUUUGUAUAUGCAUUAAGUUUGCAUUAAAUUUCAUAUUCUGUGUUCAAAAUUGGUAUAACAUCAUACCUAAUUUUUAUAUUAAAAAAACAUGGCUGUAAAAUAUAUGACUGCUUUUGUUUACAUGAUGAUUAUGAUGAUAAGUCAUUUUAGGGGGGAAAUGUAAAGUAGUUGCUCUUGAAUGAUAAAGGAGACUGAUUUAA